GUCAGCCAGCUGCAGAGAGACACGCAGAGGGACUUUGACUCUCCUUUGUGAGCAACCUCCUCCACUCCUCUCUCAGAGAGCACUCUCGUACCUCCUUCUCAGCUACUCAAAGACACAGGCACCAUGUCAAGCACCAGGUCUAUCAGCUACAGCAGCGGUGGCUCCAUCAGGAAGUCUGGCUACUCCAGCCAGUCAGCCUACGCAGUUCCCGCCGGCUCUAGCAGGGUCAGCACCGUGACCAGUGUCAGGAGAUCUGGCGUGGGUGCAGGUCCAGGCUUCGGUGCAGGAUUCGGUGCUGGAGGUGGCAGCUACAGCUUCAGCAGCGGCAGCAUGAGUGGAGGCUACGGUGGUGGUCUUGGUGGAGGUUUUGGUGGUGGCUUCAUUCCACCUCCCAUCACCGCUGUAACCGUCAACCAGAGCCUGUUGGCCCCCCUCAACCUGGAAAUUGACCCCACGAUUCAGACUGUCCGCACUCAGGAGAAAGAGCAGAUCAAGACCCUCAACAACCGCUUCGCCUCCUUCAUUGACAAAGUGCGUUUCCUGGAACAGCAGAACAAGAUGCUGGAGACCAAAUGGAGUCUCCUCCAGGAACAGACCACCACCCGCUCCAACAUCGAUGCUAUGUUUGAGGCCUACAUUUCUAACCUGCGCAGACAGCUCGAUGGCCUGGGAAAUGAGAAGAUGAAGCUGGAAGGAGAGCUGAGGAACAUGCAAGGCCUGGUUGAGGACUUCAAGAACAAGUACGAAGAUGAGAUCAACAAGCGUGCUUCAGUAGAGAAUGAGUUUGUUCUGCUCAAGAAGGAUGUUGAUGCAGCCUACAUGAACAAGGUUGAGCUUGAGGCCAAGGUUGAUGCUCUUCAGGAUGAAAUCAACUUCCUCAGGGCAGUUUAUGAGGCUGAACUGCGUGAGCUCCAGUCUCAGAUCAAGGACACAUCAGUCAUUGUGGAGAUGGACAACAGCAGAAACCUGGACAUGGACUCCAUUGUGGCUGAAGUUCGUGCUCAGUAUGAGGACAUCGCCAACCGCAGCCGUGCCGAAGCAGAGGGCUGGUACAAACAGAAGUUUGAGGAGAUGCAGUCCUCUGCUGGUCAGUAUGGUGAGGACCUCCGCUCAACCAAGGCUGAGAUCGCAGAACUCACCCGCAUGAUCGCCCGCCUGCAGAACGAGAUUGAUGCUGUCAAGGGACAGCGUGCCAACUUGGAGGCUCAGAUCGCUGAGGCUGAGGAACGUGGAGAGCUGGCAGUGAAGGACGCCAAGCUCCGCAUCAAGGACCUCGAGGAAGCCCUCCAAAGGGCCAAGCAAGACAUGGCCCGCCAGGUGCGCGAGUACCAGGAGCUCAUGAACGUCAAACUGGCCCUGGACAUUGAGAUCGCCACCUACAGAAAGCUGCUGGAAGGAGAGGAGAGCAGACUGUCCAGCGGUGGAGCUUCAGCCACCAUUCAUGUGCAGCAGUCCUCUGGAGGUCUCUCAUCUGGUUUCUCUGGUAGCGGCGCUGGAUUCGGCUAUGGCGGUGGUUUCAGUGGCACUUCAGGAUACGGUGGUGGAUCAGGAUACGGUGGUGGAUCAGGAUACGGUGGUGGAUCAGGAUACGGUGGUAGCUCCAUCAGCAAAACCAGCGUCACCUCUGUCAGCAGUAAACGCUAUUAAGGAGAAGCGCCCCCAACCCAACCCGGCAUCCCAUCUUCCUUACCUUCAACUAGAUCACUCUGAACCUUCUUACAACUCAAACCAUCUAUGGUGCUAUAUUCUAGCCAGACAGCUAUCCCCUUUUAAUGAGGAGAUGAGGACAAUGAUUUCUUAAACAUAAAAUGCGUUUUAGGUUGCUCUGUGCGUUGAUGGUAGUUACCCAUAACAUAAAUCUCUUGUCUGGUGGCAGCACUGCCAUUUUUAAUCAACCCAACUACACUAAAAUGACACCAGAAAGAAUGUAACAGAGAAUAUGUGCUCCCAGUCACUGAAAUGUUUUAUUUCUGCACUGAUAUGUAUGGGGAAAGCGAGACUUGAAUGAAAUAUAUAUACAUAGAAACCACUGAAGCCAAUUAGGCCCUUCGCAACAACAGGAUUUCAGUCUCAUUAGCAUAACCACAAGCAGUACCAUGGUUUCACUGGAUCAGGGAUGUGCUAUACAGGUCCUGAAAGUCCUGGUUGAAUGUUUUGUGCCGUUACAAGCUCCCUGCUGUAUUUUUGUUGACGAAUAUGACUUUUGUCAUUAUGCAAUGGCUGUCAGUGUUUGUUUACCUAUUUGCUGUAAAAAGUACAAUACUGUCAGCCUGUAACUGAUGACAGUGACUUGUGGGCUUCCGAUGUCCAGUUACCUCACAUUCAAGGGAGAUCUGUUACAGCAAAAAACAGGCACAAUGGCAUUUCCAUGGACCAUCCCUCCUAAACUUUGUGUACUUGCUGAGUUGAAAGAGAAGAGCUUCAUUUACUGUGUGGUGACUGUACUACCUUAGACUUUGCCCUGUAUUCAAACUGCUUCCAGACAUAUUUUACAGUCCCUGUUAUAAAUGGAAAAAAAACCCCAACAAAAAUGAAACCAUGUUCAACCAGAUUUGUUUUGUAUUUAUUGACUUGACACCAACUUAAAUUCUAAAUACAAUAAAUCUGAGACUACAA